GACAUCCACCACGACUCAGUGAUGACUUCAAAGUAGUAAAGGUAUUGAAGAAAAAUGAUGAAUCGACAAAUGAUUUUGCGCCAACUGAUCCAGGAAACAGUCCUGGGAUAGGACAUCCACCACGACUCAGUGAUGACUUCAAAGUAGUAAAG